CAGUGUGUGGAGACGUAAGGGAGGAGAAAAACCCCUAGUAAACCUGAGCGAAGCGUCUGAGGAGCAGUGCGAGGACCGUCGGCGGAAGGAUAGAACGCGGCUCUUCACACCCGGGGGACGCACGCUGACGGGAUUUAAUGACAUUUUGCCCCGGACGACUACCCCCUCCGACCCCCCCCCAAUACAUUUUGGUUCUGUAAACCUCGUCUCGCCGCCGCAGUAGCUGCGAACUUUCUGUCCAGUUAAGAAGUCCGCCGCUCGGGGAACACUGGGCAUGUUUUUGCGCCCCAGACGCAACUUGGUGACGGCGAAGAAAGUUUUGGGUGGGGGUUGAGGGGGGUGGGUGAGGUGGUGCACAGCGGUGUGCUUUUUCCGAGCUGUUUUGAAGGAUAACGAACGCGUGUGAACUGGGAUUUCUUUGCAUGGCGCUGGACUACGCUGCCGGUCGUGUGUGGAAUAUACCCUGUGAUCGGAGUUGAUGCCGGUUUGAUUGUGGAAUAGUAAACCGAGAGAAAGGCAGCGCCUCGCAGUCCCCUUUUCUCUCUCUCUCUCUCUUUUUUUUUUUUGGUGCAUUGUGCAGUUGGAGACAUUCCUCCCUUCAGAUUCAGCUCAUGCUCUCUCAACCAUUACCCGUGCAUGCCAAAACAGAGAUCUCCACGAUUCCUUCCUCCCUGCCCAGGUGAUUGGGUGAAUUCUGCUGAGUGACAGGCCGACCGGCAGCAGUUGAUGGUUGGGCGGACCCCCUCAGAUGGGAUCAGUGUCCAGGGGGAGGUGGAGAAGGGGGGCAUGGGGAGCGCUUGCCCCCACUAACGGGAUGGCCUUGUGGGCCUGGCUGCUGGCCGCUGUCCUGCUGUCCCUGCUGACCGUCAGCGUGGCCCGGCCGCCCCUCGCCGCCACCAAGGAGGAGGAGGCCGCUCAGAAACCUGAAGAACGGCCCCCUCACCGGCCCAUCCUCCAGGCCGGUCUCCCGGCCAACAUCACGGUUCACGUCGGGGAGGACGCCCGCUUCGUCUGCAAGGUCUACAGCGACGCCCAACCUCACAUCCAGUGGUUGAAACACAUCAGCCGGAACGGCAGUCGCUACGGCCCUGACGGACACCCGUAUGUCCAAGUGUUGAAGCGUUCAGGCAUUAACAGCUCCGACGUGGAGAUGCUCACCCUCACCAACGUGACGGAGAAAGAUGCUGGGGAGUAUAUCUGUAAAGUCUCCAAUUAUAUAGGCGAGGCCUGCCAGUCGGGCUGGCUGACUGUCGUUCCAGAGGCCGCAAACCGAAUUCCUACGCCCACGUUGUGCUCAGUGCACCCGGGGGAGUUGCUGAAGCUGAGCUGCCCUCUGUCGCCGCCGGGGACCAUCACCUGGACCAAAGACGGCAGCUCAGUGGGCACCAACAAUCGCACGGUCAUAGAGCAGGAGGUGCUGCAGAUCCGUGACGCCACGGCCAAGGAUUCAGGCCUGUACACCUGCACCAGCGUGGGCAAAAAAACAGUCUGCUUCAUAGUGAAUGUCACAGAUGCCAUCUCGUCGGGGGAUGACGAGGACGACAGUGAGCGAUCGGAGGACACCGGGGUGGACGAAGAGCAGAUAAGCGCUCCGUUUUGGACCUCGACAGCGAAGAUGGAGAAGAGGCUGCACGCGGUGCCGGCCGCCAACACGGUGAAGUUCCGCUGUGCCGCAGGAGGCAACCCCCGGCCCAAGAUGCGCUGGCUUAAAAACAGCAGGCCUUUCCGCCAAGAGGACCGCAUGGGAGGGUAUAAGGUGCGUAGCCAGCACUGGACCCUGAUCAUGGAGAGCGUGGUGCCCUCGGACAAGGGCAACUACACCUGUCUGGUGGAGAACGAGUUCGGCGCCAUCAACCACACCUACACCCUGGAUGUAGUGGAACGGUCCCCUCACCGGCCCAUCCUCCAGGCCGGUCUCCCGGCCAACAUCACGGUUCACGUCGGGGAGGACGCCCGCUUCGUCUGCAAGGUCUACAGCGACGCCCAACCUCACAUCCAGUGGUUGAAACACAUCAGCCGGAACGGCAGUCGCUACGGCCCUGACGGACACCCGUAUGUCCAAGUGUUGAAGACCGCAGGUGUUAACACCACAGAUAAGGAGAUAGAAGCUCUCUACUUGCCCAAUGUAACAUUUGAAGAUUCUGGGGAGUAUACGUGCUUGGCGGGUAAUUCUAUUGGGAUCUCCUAUCACACUGCUUGGUUGACGGUGCUUCCAGCGAUCGAGAAAUCCAUCGGGCCCUUUUCUCCAGACUAUGUGGAGAUCGCAAUCUACUGCGCAGGCGUCUUCCUCAUCGCCUGCAUGGUGGGGAUUGUGGUUGUUUGCCGCAUGAGGAACACCGCCAAGAAACCCGACUUUGGGGGCCAACCAGCUGUCCACAAACUGAGCAAGCAGAUCCCUCUGCGCCGCCAGGUAACAGUGUCGGCUGACUCCAGCUCUUCCAUGAACUCCAGUACGCCGCUGGUACGCAUCACGACGCGGCGGAGCUCAGCGCACGACGACCGGAUCCCCGAGUAUGACCUCCCCGAGGACCCGUGCUGGGAGUUUUCCCGAGACAGGCUGACCCUGGGCAAGCCCCUAGGUGAGGGUUGCUUCGGCCAAGUUGUGAUGGCCGAGGCCCUGGGCAUCGACAAGGACAAAACCAAGGACGCUGUAACGGUCGCUGUCAAGAUGCUGAAAGACGAUGCCACUGAGAAAGACCUGUCUGACCUGGUGUCAGAGAUGGAAAUGAUGAAGAUGAUCGGCAAACAUAAGAACAUUAUUAAUCUGUUGGGGGCUUGUACACAAGAAGGUCCUCUCUACGUGAUAGUGGAGUACGCCUCCAAAGGCAACCUGAGGGAGUACCUGCGGGCCCGCCGGCCGCCCGGCAUGGAGUACUCCUACGACAUCGCCCGGGUCUCAGAUGAACAGCUUACUUUCAAAGAUCUGGUCUCCUGCACUUAUCAGGUGGCCCGGGGCAUGGAGUACCUCGCAUCCCAGAAGUGUAUACACAGAGAUCUGGCAGCCAGGAACGUCCUGGUCACAGAGAGCAACUUUAUGAAGAUUGCUGAUUUCGGGCUGGCCAGGGACGUCCAUAACAUCGACUACUAUAAAAAGACAACCAACGGUCGCCUCCCGGUGAAAUGGAUGGCUCCGGAGGCGUUGUUUGACCGGGUCUACACACACCAGAGUGACGUCUGGUCAUUCGGGGUGCUGAUGUGGGAGAUCUUCACCCUCGGGGGAUCCCCCUAUCCUGGCAUCCCUGUCGAAGAGCUCUUCAAGUUGCUCAAAGAGGGACAUCGCAUGGAUAAGCCUGGCAACUGCACCAACGAGCUGUACAUGAUGAUGAAAGACUGUUGGCAUGCCAUCUCAUCGCACAGACCCACCUUCAAGCAGCUAGUAGAGGAUCUGGAUCGCAUCCUUUCCCUCAACACAAACGAGGUGAGCUCAUUUCACUCUUAUUCAAGUCCUGGGAUUCAGGGUGGUCGGAAAUCAUGCUGCACAAACCUUAACUUUUCCUGUCAAGUGUGAGUCCGGUAAUAAAACGGUACAUUCCUACACACAGUAACAUGCUUCUUAGUCCAAACUAAAUGAUUCUUGUGCCAGUGAAUGCAGGGUUCAGCAGAAUGUUGCUGGGAGCCUUAGAGCAUUAGCAUCUACAAAGCUGACAAAAGGCCUUCGUGGUGACCGAAAAAAUGUCCAGAUGUUUUGAUCCAGGCAUAACAUGGCCGCCACGGCCCGGCGGAGUUGCCCAAUCGUCACAUUCUGGCCUUGCUCCUUUCUAUGGCCAGAGUUUCUCUCCAUCCCCCGCUUCUUGUCUCGUGUGAUAUCCGAGGGCAGACCUGAGGAGAGCUCGUCGAUGGAAAGCUGUCAAGACUCGUCUGCUCAUGGAGCUGGAACUCCGUGAAAUUGAGCCAAAAAAAAAGGCCAAGUUUUAGUUUGAACUUUUGAAAUGUAACAAGGUGGCUUUUUCUAGCCUUUUCCCCCUCCUCCUCCUUUUCCUCUGCCCCAAACCGCUGGCAGAUGUGGAGGUCUUUAGUAAUACGAGACUUCUUGUGUUGAGGAGGGAAAAUGGAAGCCAGCGCUCUUUUUCUAGAAAAUCCCAAGACAUGUAACAGAGAUGAAGAGACGUAUAACAACCCCAUUACGUUGGGACGAGUCAGAAAUGAAUAACAGGAUUUCUUGAGGUUUUCAUUUUCCUUCAUCUUCUUUUGUGUGUGUGUGUGGGGGGGGGGGGGGAGGGGGGGCAGCGCUGCUGUCACACACUCGUACUGCCAUGCACACACACACACACACUGCGUGCUCACAAGAAGUCUUAAAGGAGAGGACGGGGACCCUACUGAAGCUGUUGUUGUUUUUAACUGACUGAAUGAUUUGACUUUCCCCAGGGACCCUCCUCCUCCUCCUCCUCCUCCUCCUCCUCCUCCUCCUCCUCCCUUCAUAACAACACACAGAUUUCAGAGUUUGGUUCUCACGUUAGGUUGCUUUUUUGUUGUCGAAGACAUUACUCAUUGAGUGAUCCCAUUCCAGCGGCUGGCAUUCCAAGACUGUUGUUUGCUCCUGGAGGAAAGUGUGGACCUGUGUGAACUCAAAAGGAACCGCGGGACUAGAAGAGGACGUCUAAUAGGAAAAGGACCGAGCUUCAACUAACAAAAGAGAGGAAUAGAAGCGGAGCACAUAUAGAAACAGUUUUCCUCUUUAUUUUGUAAUAUUGAUUGACUUUCUUGGUUCUCUUCAUAAAACCUUCCCAAUUAUUCUGGAGAGAAAUACACAGUGUAAUGUAUAGUGCUGGGUAUAUUUGUAAAUAUAUUCAAAAUGUAUAAAUAUAUAUAUUAUAUAUUUACAAUGAACUAUUUUUUGUAUGGACUCCGAAAUAACCCCAACCCUCUACACCCUAUUUUGAGUCUGAGGCAGGUAUUCUAACAGGUUACGUCACACACACACAGACAUGGAUACACACUUAAACGUACACAAACACCUGUUUUACUCCCACUCAGUAACACAGAGUAUUGGCUUUCAGGGACUGAGGUAGCAUGUUAAUUUAUUGACUUAUGUUUUUUUUAAAUGAAUCAAAAAGAGCCUGGAGAAAAAGAAGAACAACAUGGCAUAAAUGAUUACAUUAAUGAUGCUGAUAAUACAUAAAUAAUCCAUUCAAUUUAUGGUAAUUUAAAUGAUCUUUCAGCAGUAACAGAAAAAAACUAUUUUAGUGGGUUUGAAAAUCCAGGUUUUGUAAGUUUUAUAUAUAUGAAUGUGAAUAUUAAGUUAAAUUUAAAACAACUGUACAUUUUAUAGUCCGCUAAUCCCUUUCUUACGUAGAUGAUGAUGCCAUUUCUAUCCAGACAUUUUACUCUUUCUAAACUUGGUUUAAGGAAACAAGAUUUAUUCCUGGAUAUUUAUAUACGAUUGAUAGAAAAUAAUGGAAAUGCCUACUAGCAAUCCACUCUCAUUUUGACAAAAUAUAGACUCCAAAUUAACUCGACAGAAUUGAAAGCUGAAAAACAAAGUAUUAAAUCAUUCAAGUGUUUUUUUGUCUUUUUCUACUGGACCAACUUUAAGAUGCUCUUUUGCAAGUGUUCAUUCCACAUUUGCGAAAUAAAAGAUGGAAAAUGUA